GCGCCACAGAGAGCACUGAUCGAAUAAUAGCAUUCGCACACCGCCAUGAUCUGACUCGCUCCUCAGGCGAAUGAACAUGCACUGACCCGUGGCCGUCCAAUGGCUGCGCCCAUGGCAUUUCUCUUCGUGGACUCGUCACCAGCUACCACCGACGUAAGAGACAAGGAACUGAUCCGAGCUGAAGCUCGAUCUCAUGCGGCGAAAGUCUCUCAUCGCGCAAGUCGCCGGGUCGAUUCCACUGGGCUUGCUCACGAGAAGGGUGCUGUCACUGUUCAGAAAUUCAGGAAGCCGGCUUUCAACCAGCAAGACGCGAUCGCAUCCUCAUGCCCCCAUGUUACGGACGGCACCGGGCAAGAACCCAGGCCUCGUCCGAGUCGCGAACGAGGAGGUACGUCUUGCCAUGUGCGACGCUGGCGUCUCGGAUAUCAGGAUUCAUCGAGACAACCUGACACUCGCACUGACUCUCUCCUCAGCAACAGGUCGACCCGCCACUCUCCUGAGAGUACUCGGACGACCAUCCCGGUUUACAAGGGAAACUCUGACCCGUUCGACUGUACUGCCGUCCCAUUCACCGCUUUGGACCUUUCUCUGGUCAAGGACGACCGGCAGAGUCUGGUUGACAUCGUCUGGCCCGCCGAGAUUUCCAUGCGCAGAAACCACCCGGCCUUGCUGGACCGGAUGUGGAAUGUCAUGCCCAGCAUCCUCGAUUCUGCCGCCGUCGUACACGCCGUCAUCAGCCACGCGCACCACAGCAGGGCUUUGCGCCAUCUUGCCUGGGGCCAACGCGACCACAGUGCGACCGUCCUAGCCGAGCAGCAUAAGCUCCGGGCGGUGAGGCAUCUGCGGCAUCUCCUCGAGAGAUACAGCCAACGUGGCGGUCUCGAUGUGCUGCAACAGAUCAGAGGUGCUUCCGCGCAGCUCGCGGCCUGCGGUGUCAUUUCGGGAGAUGCUGGCGCUGCGCAGAUCCACUUCGCCGGCGUGAAGAUGGCGGUCGAUCGCUUGGGAGGCUUGAGGAACAUGGGCCCCGGCCAGUCUGAGUGCCUGGUGUUUUCGCAGGUGGCGGGCGCCUGGUUCAACCGCUCCCGCCCGAUCUUCCAUCCCGACGAGUGGGAUCCGGGGCCGUGGGCUGAACAAGGAUUCGACUUUGGCGAGCUGCCCCCUUCAAUGUCCGGGAGGAAUCCUGCUUGCGUCUGCGGCCCCUGUCCUCGGCCAUCGACCAUAUCCCCCGGCAUGCAAGUUACCAUCGAUCAAGUCAGGGAGCUUUUGCGUGUUGAAGACCUCAAACUCGUCCUGGCGGCUUCGGGGGAUGAGAGAGCCACGCAGGUGUUCCGCUGGUCAGGGCUGCGCAAGCUUGCCGUCCGGGCCCACAACCUGUGUUUCUGGUGCGACAUCGACGAAGCCGUCAAGUCCACCGCGGGCGGUUGGCACCCAGGCGGCAGUUCCAGCAGCGGCACCAUGGGGUAUCGUCCGCCCGUGCCUUUCGACACGGUCCUUUGCCUGACGGUGCGCUGCUUCGACCGAGCCAUCUUCGAAGAACACUAUUACGCCGCCGCCGACGCGCCGUUUCGGCUGAGCCGGAUCUUCCUCGCCGAAGUGGCUGGCUGCCUCCAGCGCCUGGACCCUCCGUUCCCUGACGUCGCAGGACCGCAGGGCGCGUCACCGCACGACCGGCGCAUCCGGGCAGACGAGCGAAGGUACGACAUGCUCUGGGUCUGCUCCGUCGGGGCACACAUUGAGGAGCACCAUCUCAGCCUGGCGGCCCGACAAGCUCCGCCCCUUCCAUCGUCCUCGAUCUCAGCCACCGGAUCGCGACCCCAAGACACGACGGGUGGGAGUGGACUCUUCACGGCCGGAUUCGCGAAGCUGGCACGGACGCUGGGCUUCGAAGGGUUCGACGACGUCGCGACCUUCCUGGCCGAGAGGUACUUGUACUGUCCGCGCCUCCAGGAUGCGACGUUGAGGAGGCUGCUUUGACGCGGGACUCCUCUGAGUUUAUAUAUAACGGGCCAAAAAAAAAUGGCCCUGUCUAGGCCUGUGGCCUCCAUGCUCAGCUUGUCCCCGCGGUGGUCGAGGAAUUGGACAAAAACCCUCAGCGAGAAAUUUCGAGGGAUACCGACUUUAAGUCUAGUCAGUGAGGCAGAUUUCCAGGCCGCCGUCGGAAACUGUGCCUUGGGUGUCGGGGCUCUCACUCUUGCGCGCUACUUCCUGCUGGAUGGGAGAGGGGGGGAUGAAUACCUUGUAUACCCUACCCGCUUCCUGCUUCCCGCUUCCCGCAUCGUGGAAUCAGGCCUCCUUUUUGGUCCCGGCCCAGCCUUCCAUGGUAGUAACAGGCAAAUAUAUGCGCGAACGUGGGGGCAAUGUCGGCGUCCCAGCAGAGAGUGCGGAACGACCCAAGCACACCGUCGCACUCGCAGCAGCAUCAGCAGCGCAUAAUUGGACACCCCGUAAGGAACGCCGCCUUCACAGCUGAGCGGGCCUGGUCGCCACGAGGAGGACAUACUAGAGCCUAAUACGAGGAGAUAGAUGGUGAAGCGGCAGGGAAUGGAAGGAGACUAAGAUUAUAUUUGCCGCGAGCCAUGGUAUGGCAUUGCCUGCGCGGAAAGGGGAUGGGAGUCGAAAAUCUUCGUAACAUCAUGCAUGCCCUGCGAGUUUCUGCCCGUCACUCUCAAACUCCGUCACCUCGACUUUCCCAAGACCCUUUGACAACGAGAAUGCUACAUAUGAUACAUCCCACUCCCACUCCCAUCCAACAUCCAACAUCCAAUGCUCGGACAGAUUCCAACAAUGG